UGAGACGGGAGGUUUGUCACACACGGUUAGCUAGGCAAGGCAAGGCACGGUAGUAAAUAGUAGUAAUAGUAAUAGUAAUAGUAAAGUGUGUGAUUAAGAAGAGAGGACCGAGAGGAGGAGGACAUAAGAAGUGAUACAAAGCGUUACAGGUCAAAAGGAGAAGAAAAACACUAAAGAAUUUGUAUAUCAUCUCUUUAACAUUCUCCAAGCCCAAAGAAACAGAGGAGGAAGAAGUGGUGAACAGUUUUCUUCGUCCCGCGGCCUCGUCUCAUCGCAGCUAAACAAAAUCACUCUGAGGACCAGCUUUAUUUCCAGGGGGACAGGAUGAGGCCGUUGAAGAAUGAAGAAACUGUCCUCGUGUUUAGCAAACUCAAGAAAUACAUUGGCGGCAAUGUACGAGCCCUCCUGGAACGCUCAGAUGGCCUAUACUGCUUUCGCCUUCACAAUGGCAGAAUUUACUAUGUAAAGGAAGACAUCAUGAAGUUUGCAGCAACUCUUCCUCGCGACAACAUUGUUUCCUUGGGGGUGUGCUUUGGCAAAAUAACAAAGGGUGGAAAGUUCUUGCUACACAUCACAGCCUUAGAUUUUCUUGCACCCUAUUGCCAGAACAAGAUAUGGAUCAAGGAGUCAGCAGAGCAGAACUUCAUGUAUGGCAACCACGUGUACAAGUCAGGCCUGUCACGAAUUUCAGAAAACACCCCAAAGUACUCUGGGGUUGUUGUGCUAUCUUCAAAAGACAUUCCUUUGGGAUUUGGAGUGGCUGCUAAAGCAACUUCAGAAUGUCGACAUGCUGACCCCAUGGACAUCAUAUGCUUCCACCAAGCAGACAUUGGAGAAUAUGUUAGAAAUGAAGAGGCCUUGAUCUAAGUGUGGGACUUCAAUAUUAUUUCAAUGAGGAGAUAUUUAUUUUGUAAUAAUUUGUCAUUACAUUGCAUGUGAGUCAUGCUUCAAAUAUUGAUAGAAAUAAAAAAAAGACGCUAAGAA